AUGCCCAAUGCGGGCCAGGGAAUUGACAGCGUCGGCGAAUCUAGCACCAGCAAGCAUGGAACCCAGUGUGAGGGUGAAGCUCCUGCUAGUAAAUUCAACAUUGGCAAUGGAAAUUCCUUAACGCAUCGAGUGUUACACACAUUUUCUAGCGAUGCAAAUGACAACAACCAAACGCCGGACCCUCAAGAGGAACAGCGUCAGGAUCCAUACUCUGCUGGUACUAUGGGAGAAAAUUCAUUGCCUGUCCAAAUGCAUAAUGAGGCAGAGCGGAAGAAGAAUGGUACAGCGAUUCCUAGAUCAGGGCUGGGACCUCGACCAAUUGGUGGACAAGAGAAGUUGGGGAUGUUUUCCGGUGUGUACGUGCCAACAUGUCUCAAUGUUUUGAGCAUUUUGAUGUUCCUGCGAUUUGGAUUUAUUCUAGGACAAAGUGGGUUAUUGGGCAUGUUAGGUAUGCUUGUCGCGUCGUACGUGAUCAAUUUUAUCACUACCUUCUCUCUUUCUGCGAUUGCCUCGAAUGGGACAGUGCGCGGAGGUGGUGCAUAUUACUUGAUAUCUCGUUCAUUGGGUCCAGAAUUUGGAGGCUCAAUUGGACUCGUCUUUUAUCUGGGCUUCGUUUUCAAUACUGGAAUGAACGCCGUGGGUCUUAUCGACUGCAUCACGCUAAAUUUCGGUGCCGACACUGGUAAUUGGGCUCAUAUCUUGCCUGAAACAAACUGGUAUUGCUACCUUUGGUCUACCGUAGUACUCGUUCUGUGUACACUGUUAUGCUUGGCUGGAUCUGGAAUCUUUGCGAGAGCCAGUAAUGGGCUACUGGUUAUUCUAUUCAUCGCCACAUUGAGUAUCCCACUUUCUGCAUUGGUCGUUAGCCCUUUCGAAAGUCGGAAUUUAGGUAUUGAAUAUACGGGCAUUAGCCUGCAAACACUAUCUGGGAAUCUUCUACCUCAGCUUACUAGAGGUGCCGCUGGCAGCCAGAUCAAUGGCCGAGAGACUUUUCAGGACCUUUUUGGGAUCUUAUUUCCUGCAACCGGUGGCAUAUUCGCCGGGGCAAGCAUGAGUGGUGACUUGAAGUCUCCGAGCAAAGCCAUCCCAAAAGGAACUGUGUAUGGCCUUAUCACAACAUUCUGCUUGUACACUCUAGUCAUAGUAGCCAUGGCCGCCACAGUGACUCGCUCAUCUUUUCUCAGAAACACGAAUGUGCUUCAAGAGACAAACAUGUCAGGGUUAUUAAUCCUGGCAGGAGAAGUGUCCACUAGCUUAUUCUCUGUGCUGAUGGGAAUUAUUGGCAGUGCAAAGCUCCUUCAAGCAAUAUCAAGAGAUAGCUUGCUACCUGGGUUUUCUAUAUUUAGUCAGGGAACCAAGAAAGCUGAUGAACCUACUUUUGCCAUCAUUUUCACAUUCAUUGUCACCCAAUUAACAAUGCUUGGCGACCUCAAUCAAAUCGCCAGUUUUGUAACAAUGACUUAUCUUAUGACCUUUCUGGUCAUGAACCUAGCCUGUUUCCUCCUUUCGAUCGGUUCUGCACCUAAUUGGCGUCCCAGUUUCCAUUUCUUCAACUGGCAGACUGCUUUUGCAGGAGCAAUAUUGUCAGGAGUCGCAAUGUUUUUUGUGGACGGACUUUAUGCAACAGGAUGUGUGGGCAUGCUCCUUCUAUUAUUCCUCCUUAUACAUUAUUCCGUAGAGCCAAAGAGCUGGGGAGACGUCUCUCAAAGUUUGAUCUAUCAUCAAAUUCGAAAAUACCUCCUUAAGCUUAAACAAGAGCAUGUUAAGUUUUGGCGCCCUCAGGUUAUCUUACUUGUCAAUGACCCACGCCGACAAUACAAGCUUAUACAAUUUUGCAACUCCAUGAAGAAAGGUGGUCUGUAUAUCCUUGGUCAUAUUAUUGUGACGGAUGAUUUCAGCCAAUCCGUGCCAGAAGCUCGUCGCCAGCAAGCAGCGUGGAACAAGUAUAUUGAUUUCUCAAAGAUCAAAGCAUUCGUUAAUAUUGCCAUAUCUCCGGCUCUUGAAUGGGGUGCUCGCAAUAUUAUUCUCAACGCAGGACUAGGAGGAAUGCGGCCGAAUAUUGCAGUUAUGGGAUUCUACAAUUUAGAUGACCUUAGAAAUGCUCAGCCAUUGAUAGACAUUUCGGAGCCAUCCGAGCCUUCAUCUGGCAAUGUCAAGAAAUUCAAGACACCACCUCGUUAUAGGCGUCAGAACAGUAGGGAGAAGAAGAUGCAAGGAGUGCUCCCAACUGAUUUAUGCCGGACCGAAGGCAUGAUGAGCGUAACAAGCUAUGUCACUAUCUUAGAAGAUCUACUCUUCAAAUUGCAAAUCAACGUUGCAGUGGCCAAAGGUUUUCGAGAUCUGGAAUUGCCAGAUACUGAGAACACCAAGAAGUAUAUUGAUCUUUGGCCCAUCCAAAUGUCUGCUGAAAUCGCAGCUGAAGGAGAUGUAAAGCAAAAUGUUUUGACCACCAAUUUUGAUACUUACACUUUGAUACUCCAACUUGGUGUCAUCCUAAACACUGUACCUGCUUGGAAAAAAGCAUACAAACUUCGCGUAGCUGUAUUUGUCGAAUAUGAAAACGACGUGGAAGAGGAAAGAGGCAGGGUAAAAUCUCUACUCGAAAAUCUGCGCAUUGAAGCUGAGAUUCUUGUAUUUUGGUUGGCGUCAGGAGAUAUUCCAUCUUAUGAGAUCAUCAUCAAUGGUGCAGCUCCUGGCUCCAAUCAAGUUGACGAGGUCGAACAAUGUCUUAAAGGACAAGACUGGUGGGAUGACAUACAGAAGCUUCGUGGGAAUCAUGGAGCUACCACCUCUGCCGUGGUAGAUCUGGCUCAGAUAACGAACAUAUUUCAUGCUGCCCCAACUUGGCCGGACGCAUCAUUUCAACAGGGUGCACGGUUUAGACAUGCCAAGCGAUUUCUUGGACUCCGGCGGCUGCUAAGAAAAUCAAAGAAGCGACAGAAUAUGAGCAAUCUGAAAGGCUUAGGUGUUAGUAUGGGUAUGCGAUCUCAGAGAUUAGAGCCCGAUGUUAUGAGCAGACAUGCUAGUCAGGGGAGUGCUAGCGAAGAUUCCGAUAGUGAUUCCGAACUUCAGACUGAGGAGCCGGAAUCUGAUGACGAAAGUGCAGCGAGUGAAGGAGAUCUUGAUGAUUUCGAAUCAGACAGCGAUACCCACGCUGGAGAGAUCAAACCAAUUGCACGAAGAAGAAGCCAUGGCGAUAGCUUACGUGGUCCCCCCAUAUCCAAGCGUGCAGCGGGAGCAGAGGAUCCAAUUCCUCCUACGAUUUCGCAAUCUACGAGACAAUCGAUAAUUGAUACUUUCAAUAAAUCAUCAGAUGUAUCGAUGCCAACAGCUUCAGCGCCCGUGUCAACACCACGUUCACCUCAACCAUUCGGUCUUCAGCCAUCACCAGUUUUAGACUUUCCUGGCUCUGUGCAAUCAUUGAAAGACUCCCAAAAGCCACCCGCCGCUCCUGAUUUAUCAGCAUCAUCAUCUCUCCUACAACCUCACAACCUAGGAAAGAGACCACCGAUAUCUAGACAUGCAUCUACCCCGAAAUUUUCUUCAAAACCAGUUCCCAUGACCCGCGUGGCCACAGAAGACGGCCCCGGCCCUAGCAUAAUGUUCGCCGAAACACCCUCGCCACCAACCGCUCGAAAAUCCGCUUCUCGUAUGCCAUCCGCAUAUCGUUCUUCUCCCUCUUUCGAUCGGAUUUCCGAAGCAUCCAAUUCUUCUAAUCCUACCCGCAAUCCUCCUUCUCCCACUCGGUCUUCAUACUCUUUGCAAUCUAUUCCGCUUAGUUUCAAUGAUUUACCGUGUAGAGCACAACAUCUGAUUCUGAAUCAAUUGAUUAAGAGUCAGAGUGAGGAGACGGCGGUUAUCUUUACUACUUUACCGAGUCCGGUUGAAGGAACGGGUGGAAGUAGGGAGGCGAGUGAGGGGUAUCUUGGGGAUUUGGAGGUGUUGUGCGGGGGCCUACCGCCAGUGUUGUUGGUGCAUAGCAACAGUAUGACGGUUACUGUUAGUUUGUAG